CUACGAUUUACGAUACUUUCACGAGUACGUGAAGACGACCUACGUCCACCCGGUGGUGCUGUGUUAUUGAGAGGUCAUACAUUUCGUAGAAACACCGAAAACAAGCCAGAAGGAAAGAUGUCUGAAGAGCUGUCCAGCAACAUAAACAUCCAGGAGCCACGAUGGGACCAAGGCACUUUCAUGGGACGCGCCAAGCACUUCUUCAUGGUCACAGAUCCCAGAACCGUCCUGCUGUCUUCUCAGACUCUGGAGGAGGCCAGAGUGAUCGUACAGGACUACAGAGCUGGGAUUGUGAAGCCUGGUCUGACAGAGGAUGCGCUGUGGAGGGCCAAGUACAUCUAUGACUCCGCCUUCCACCCCGACACUGGAGAGAAGAUGUUUGUGAUUGGGCGGAUGUCUGCUCAGGUGCCAAUGAACAUGACCAUCACUGGCUGCAUGCUCACCUUCUAUAGGACUACUCCAGCAGUGGUGUUCUGGCAGUGGGUUAACCAGUCUUUCAACGCUGUUGUCAACUACACCAACCGCAGUGGAGAUGCCCCCAUCACCGUGAACCAGCUCGGCGCAGCUUACGUCAGUGCUACUACUGGAGCUGUCGUCACUGCCUUGGGACUCAAGACUCUAGCUAAGCGACUCCCUCCAAUCGUCAGCCGGUUUGUCCCCUUUGCUGCUGUCGCCGCUGCUAACUGUAUCAAUAUUCCCUUCAUGAGACAGAGGGAGUUGAAGUUCGGUAUUCCUGUGACUGAUGAGAAUGGAAACAGGUUAGGAGAGUCACCUAAUGCUGCCCGGCAGGCCAUCAUGCAGGUGGUGGUGUCAAGGAUCGGCAUGGCAGUACCAGCAAUGGCCAUUCCUCCUGUCAUCAUGGACGCUCUGGAGAAGAGAGCUUUCAUGAAGCGGUUUCCUAUUCUCAAUGCUCCGGUCCAGGUGUCACUCGUCGGACUGUGCCUGGUGUUUGCAACUCCUCUGUGCUGCGCCCUGUUCCCGCAGAAAAGCUCGAUGAGUGUGAGCGGGCUUGAAGCAGAUCUGCAGGAGAGGAUACGACAAACCAGUCCCCACACCACCACCGUCUACUUCAACAAGGGCCUGUAGUUCCAGCCAAACACUCUUCCAUGCACACACACACACACACACACACACAAGCACAUUUUGGAUGUGCUGUGGGCACAAGUGGGAGGACAAUACAGAGUUUAUUUAUGCAUUUUGUUUUGUUAAUGUGUGUACUGGUGUAAGUUUGUUUUUUUCCUGUUUUUUGUAAUGCAUGGAGUGUAAGAGUAGAUGGUAAAAGUUAUUUGAGAAAGUGGAACGAGACACUUUGAGAGAAAACUUCCGUGACACUCCUUUAGAAAUGAAAAAAACAACAACUUUUUGUUGUUUGCUGUCUCUGUUAGCCGUCUCGGCCGUACGGGUGGUAGUUGCAGAUUUGUGUUUGACUUCCUCGUAUAUUGUACACAUCCUACUAACUUAUACUCCAGUUUAAAAUGAAGAGCACUGCUUCCUAGUCACAUAUUAUGCAAUUGCAUUUGAAUGUAACUUGUAAGUUGUUUUGAAGAUGGUGCAACUUUUUACCUUUCCAGUUCCUCCAUCAUCGUUAGCGUCACGUUGUUUUUUUGAAAAGUAGAAACUAUUACACAAACUGGUUAUGUGUUAGAAUUGUAGCUAAAACUGAAGAUAUUCUAAAUAUUCCAAAACCUUGGAGAAGAUGUUCCUCUUCUGUUGUUUUCUGCCUCGCCGUUAUCCUUUGGCAGCAUCUUGUUCGCUUCAGCUUUCCCUUAAGUGUACUUAUGCCCCUCCAUAUUUUAUAGACUUGGUGAUGAGGUGUUAAGUACAUGUGCUGAAUGUGUAGGAAUUGUAAUAACAGAAGCUCGGGAAGCACAGACACAGGUACUGUUACAAUCAUAGAGGCGGAGACAGUUUGGUGUGGUGACGUCAUUAUCUUUAGUGGCAUAUUGAUGAGUUGUUAGAAUGUUUUAGGCGAUGGUGGUGUCUGUUGGCUGGUUAUUUGGUGGAGAGGAACAUCCUGAUUGAUCAGACCACAGAG